AGUGUGUGAUCUCAAACUUUUGGCACGAAUCUAUACAUAUUUUAGCCUAUGUUUACCGAUCACAUGACAUUGAUUUGCCACGUGAUAGACAAAAUGGCAGACCUACCUCCACCGGUACAAAAUUUAGCAGAAGCGAAAGUAGACCAUGACAGGUAUGCAAAUAUAAAGGAGAAGUUUGUUAAAAAGUACAACUGUGAACCAAAAUUUUAUGCAAGGGCACCUGGGCGUGUUAAUUUGAUAGGAGAACAUAUAGAUUAUUGUGGAUAUGGGGUGUUACCAAUGGCAAUUGAGCAAGACAUUGUUAUUGCUGUCUGCCCAACAAGUGACAAUCAACUCUACCUUUCAAAUACAGAUGAUAAGUUCAGAGAUUUUCAGUGCAGUAUGACAAACUUUGAGAUAAACAAGGCUAAACCAGACUGGCACAAUUAUGUGUUAUGUGGGGUGAAAGGUAUGACGGAGUUUAUAAGUCUAACUAACCCAGUUGGUAUGCAGUGUAUGGUAGAUGGUUGUGUGCCCAACAGUGCUGGUUUGUCUAGUUCCAGUGCCCUUGUCUGCUGUGCUGCCCUAGCUACUAUGCAAGCCAAUAACCAAUCAAGGUCAAAGAAAGAGAUAGCAGAUAUGUGCGCAAGUUGUGAGAGGUAUAUAGGAACUCAGGGUGGUGGUAUGGAUCAAGCUAUAUCAUUCAUGGCCAGGCCGGGAACUGCCAAAAAGAUUGACUUUAAUCCACUGUCGGAAGAAGAUGUAAUUCUCCCAGAAGGUGUAGCGUUUGUUAUAUCUAAUUGUUGUGUAGAGAAGAAUAAAGCAGCUACAUCAGAUUUUAAUACAAGGGUAGUUGAGUGCCGCCUAGCUAUGCAGGUUAUGGCAAAAAGUAAAGAAUUACAAUGGCAGGAGUGCAAGAAUUUGGCAGAUUUACAAAAUAAACUGAAACUUAGCUUACAGGAUAUGGCUGGAAUUGUAGAAGCAUGUCUCCAUAAAGAAGAGUACUCAAAACAGGAAGUGUGUGAAAUACUUGGUGUGACAGCUGAAAAACUUGCAGAAACUAGUCUUAGUGCCAAUACUUUACAUGUUGAAAAAUUUCGCUUGUAUCAGCGUGCUGGACACGUGUACAGUGAGGCACGUAGAGUUGAGGAGUUCCAGCGGAUAUGUAAGGAAGUACCCUCAGAUGCUGCACAGAGACUUGGUACAUUGAUGAACCAAAGCCACGAGAGUUGUAGUCAACAGUAUGAGUGCAGUUGUACCGAGUUAGAUGAUCUAGUCAAUCUAUGCAUAAAGUCUGGUGCUAUUGGUUCCCGGCUGACUGGUGCAGGAUGGGGAGGUUGUGCUGUAUCUAUGGUUCCCAGCUCAGAACUUUCAGAGUUUCUAAGAAAAGUAAAAGAUGGUUACUAUGUUGUGAGGGGACUUGAGUCAAGGGUUGAUGAAGCUCUGUUUGCAACACAGCCAGGCAGUGGUGCUGCAGUUUAUAUACAGUCAUAAAUAUAAAUCUUCUGUACAUUAUGAAGCAUAUAUACAUGGAAAUAGAAAACACAGAUUAGUUUCAUGGCCUUGAACUUUGAAUUAAAAUGAUUUGUGUUAACAUUGAAUAGUUUAAGGGUUUUGAACUUAAAAUGAAAAAAAAAAUAGUUUGUGCAAACAAAUUUGGAACUAAAUAUUAUUAUAACAUUUGAAAUUUUGGCUGUAUGCGGGGGCAUCUGUGGCGUGACGACACAUUUCUGCAGGCACCUGCAGGCAAAGGGUUGAGAAAGGUUUUGUGGACCAUAGCAUCUAUGUCCAAUCAAAAUAAUGGACCAUGGUUAGUUUUUUUUUAGUUCUUUAUGAAACGUUACAAGGUUCUUCUUUGUACAUGUGCUCAUUAGAUACUAGUAGUUAAUAGUAACAUUGGAUAAUUAUUUUUACAUUUCUGUGAAAUAUAUUUUACAGUAUAAUGUUAAUUUACAUUCAAUAUUUAGCUUCAUUUCUCAAAGAAAAAGUGGAGCUAUUGUCAUGACACACUCAUUGAUGUCAGCAUUGGUUAACGCUUUUGGUUAAGCAGUGGUUUAGUUUAUAAAAAGUUGUUUUUUUGUCGUAAGAUUGACUCUUAUUUUGGUAUACAUGUAUUUGUUUUAUUUUGAGCUUUUAGUUGUCUUAGCAACUAUGUAUGGAAUUUUCUAACAUAUUUAUCUACCUAUACUGUUUAUUCAUGAUUUGUUUGUCUUUUUGCAAAAUGUUCAAUGAAUUACAUGGAUAAGAAGGUAUUACUUUAGAUGAAAUGUUAUAAUAUAAACCAAGUAUAUAGGGGAAUAAAUAUAAUAUGUUGUUA